GGGAGGUUUUGGAAAAGUGCACGCCCUACGCUAACCAGUACUGCCUUGACUGCGUCAAUGCGUUUGUUGCUUGUGGAUUGACGAAGGACAAGGUCUGUAUGAUUACCCGCGAGAUCAAGGACGAACAGGAGUUUGCUACGAUUUCCAAAGUCAC